UUUUGGCAGGAACUUGAGAGCAGAAAUUAGGAACAGAUAUACUGAGGGAAAUGCACAAUGGAAAUAUGGCAAAUAGGAUUAAGGAAAACUUUAAGGUGUUCUAAUGUAUGUUCACACAAGAGGAAGACUAGAGUGAGGAUGUAGAAGGAAACGUGCCUGGAAUUAGGGUCCUUAAUGGGGACUUUGCUUAAGAACAUAAGAAAUACUUUACUUGUACUUUAUUGUCGCCAAACAAUUGAUACUAGAACGUACAAUCAUCACAGCGAUAUUUGAUUCUGCUCUUUGUGCUCCCUGGAGUACAAAUCGAUAGUAAAUAUUAAAAAUUUAAAUUAUAAAUCAUAAUAGAAAAGGGAAAGGAAGGUAGUGCAAAAAAACCGAGAGGCAGGUCUGGAUAUUUGGAGGGUAUGAUCUGGGUCAGGAUCCGUUCAGCAGUCUUAUCACAUUUGGAAAGAAGCUGUUCCCAAAUCUGGCUGUACGAGUCUUCAAGCUCCUGAGCCUUCUCUGAGAGGGAAGAGGGACGAAAAGUGUGCUAGCUGGGUGGGUCGUGUCCUUGAUUAUCCUUGCAGCACUGCUCUGACAGCGUGCAGCGUAAACUGAGUCCAAGGACGGAAGAUUGGUUUGUGUGAUGUGCUGAGCUGUGUUCAUGAUCUUCUGCAGCUUCUUCCGGUCUUGGACAGGACAACUUUCAUACCAUAAAUAGGAGCAGGAGUAGGCCGUCUGGCCUGUUUAACCUGCUCCACCAUUUAAUAAUGUCAUGAUUGACAUGGCCAUGGAUUCAUCUCAAAAUACCUGCCUUUUCCCUUUAACCCCAAACUCUAUCCAACCUCGUCUUAAAUAUAUUUACUGAGGUAGCCUCUACUGCUUCAUUGGGCAGAGAAUUCUAUAGAUUCAUCACUCUUGAAAAGCAGUUCCUCCUCAUCUCUGUCCUAAAUCUACUCCCCUGAAUCUUGAGGCUAUGUCCCCUAGUUCUAGUGUCAUCUACCAGUGGAAACGACUUUCCUGCCUGUAUCUUAUCUAUCCUUUUCAUAAUUUUAUGUUCCCAUAAGCUUUCCUCUCAUUCUUCUGAAUUCCAGUGAGUACAAUCCCAGAUAACUCAAUUUCUUCUCAGGGUCUAACCCCCUCAUCUCUGAAAUCAACCUGGUGAACCUUCUCUGUACCACCUCCAAAGCCAGUAUAUCCUUCUUCAAGUAAGGAGACCAGAACUGCAGGCAGUACUCCAGGUGCGGUCUCACCAGUACCCCGUACUGUUGCAGCAUAACGUCCCUGCUUUUAAAUGCAAUCCCUGUAGUAAUGAAGGCCAACAUCCCAUUUGUCAUCUUGAUAGCCUGCUGCACCUGCAAACCAGCCUUUUGUGAUUCAUGCACAGGCACUCCUAAGUCCCUCUGUAGAGCAGCAUGCUGCAAUUUUUUACCAUUUAAAUAAUAAUCUGCUCUUCCAUUUUUCCUUCCAAAGUGGAUGAUCUCGCAUUUACCAACAUUGUACUCCAUCUGCCAGACCCUUGCCCACUCACUUAACCUAUCUAUAUCUCUCUACAGACUCUCUAUAUCUUCUGCACAAUUUGCUUUUCUACUCAAUUUAGUGUCAUCGGCAAAUUUAUAUGCAUCACAUUCGGUCCCCUCUUCCAGAUUGUUAAUGUAUAUCGUGAAUAGUUGCGGGCUCAGCACCAACCCCUGUGGCACACUGCUCACCACUGAAUGCCAAUGAGAGUAACACCUAUGUAUCCCAAUUCUCUGAUUUCUAUUAGUUAACCAAUCCUCUAUCCAAGCUAAUACAUCACUGUCAACUCUAUGCAUCCUUAUCUUAUGGAUAAGUCUUUUAUGUGGCAGCUUAUCAAACACCUUCAGCGUCCACCCGUUCCCCUCUAUCCACUGCACUCAUUAUAUCCUCAAAGAACUCCAGUAAGUUUGUCAAACAGGACCUGCCUUUGCUGAAUCCAUGCUGCAUCUGCCUGAUGGAUCCAUUUCUUUCCAGAUGCCUCACUAUUUCUUCUUUAAUGAUGGCUUCAAGCAUUUUCCCAAAUACAGAUGUAAAACUAACUGGCCUAUAGUUACCUGCCUUUUGCCUACAUCCUUUUUUGAACAGUGGCGUGACAUUCACCUGCCCAGAGUCCAGAGAAUUUUGCUAAAUUGUCACCAAAGCCUAUACUAUAACUUCAGGCCAGCAAGUUUGUUCUGCACUACCUCUUAAGUGAUAGCUAUUGUACUGAGGUCCUCAGCUCCCAUCACAUCCAUAAUAUCUCUCUUUGGCAUGUUAAAUGCGUCCUCCGUCGUGAAGACCAACACAAAAUAGUCAUUCAAAGCCUCUGCCAUUUCCUCGUUACCUGAUAUCAAUUCCCCCUUCUCGUCCUCUAAGGGACCUUAAUUUACUUCAGGGCAUCCACCCUUUUCUGCUUUAUGUAAUUAUAAAAACUUUUACUAUCCAUUUUUAUAUUUUGUGCUUGUUUAUUUUCAUAAUCUACCUUCCCUUUCUUUAUUGCUCAUUUUGUGGUAUUUUUAAAGUGUUCCCAAUCUUUCAGUUUCCCACUACUCUUGGCGACUUUGUAUACACAAGCUUUUAGUUUGAUGCCUUCACUUAUUUCCUUAGUUAUCUAAGGCUAGCUCUCCCCACCCUUACUGUCCUUGCUUUUAACUGGAAUAUACUUACGUUGAGCACCGCGAAAAAUCUCUUUGAAAGUCUUCCACAGUUCCUCAACUGUCUUGCCAUAUAGCCUGUGUUCCCAGUCUACACUAGCCAAAUCCUCCCUCAUCCCAUUGUAGUCUCCAUUGUUUAGGCAUUAUACGCUGGUCUUAGAUCGAACUGUUGCAUCCUUCUUUUGUAUGAGAAACUCAAUCAUACUGUGAUCACUCUUCCCAAGAGGAUCUCUAACUACAAGAUCACUAAUUUUACCUGUCUCAUUGCACAGGACCAGACAUAAGAUAGCACGUUCCCUUGUAGGUACAGUAAGAUGCUGUUCAAGAAAGCCAAUAUGGAUGCAUUCUACGAAGUCCUGCUCAAGACUGCCUCGAUCAACUUGAUUGACCCAAUCUAUGUGCAAGUUAAAGUACCUCAUGAUAACUGCUGUUCCAUUCUUACAUGCCUCAGAUAUUUCUCUUUUUAUGUUUUGCUUUGUCUUUUUUAUUUCUUGAUCAUUUUCAUCUUUUGCUUUAUCUUUAUUCACACUUCUUUUUUUACUUUAUCCAUACUUCUCCAAUCUAUUGAACCCACCCCCCUAGUAUUUAGUUUAAAGACCUAUCCAUAGCCUUAGUUAUGCGAUUCAGUAGGACCCAGGUCCCGUCAGGGUUCAGGUGGAGCCCGUCCCAUUGGUACAACUCCCUCCUUCCCCAAUACUGGUGGCAAUUUCCCAUGAAUUCAAACCCUCUUCUCCCACACCAAUCCUUGAGCCAUGCACUUAACCCUCUAAUCUUCUUGACCUUAUGCCAAUUUGCACGUAGCUCAGGUAGUAAUCCAGAGAUUAUUACCUUUUUGGUUCUGCUUUUUAAUUAGGUCCCUAGCUGCUCAAAUUGCCUUGGUAGAACCUCUUUCCUUGUUCUACCUAUGUCAUUGGUACCCACAUGGGUUCAGUAUUCAGCAGUGAGAGGGAAAUUGAGGUUUGUGAGGAUUUUGUAAAAUAGGCUGACAUGCUACAACAAGUUGAUGUUCAGAAAGAGGAAGUGCUGGAACUUCUGGAAAACAUUAGGAUAGAUUAAUCCCCAGGGUGGAAUAUACCCGAGGUUAUUAUGAGAAGUGAGGGAAGAGAUUGCUGUGCCUUUGAUUAUCUUUGUGUCCUCACUGGCCAUAGGAAUCAUACCAGAAGAUUGGAGGGUGGCAAAUAUUAUUCAUUUGUUCAAGAAACAGAAUAGGGAUAACACUGAAAAUUAUAGACCAGUGAGUCUCACUGUAGUGUUGGGCAAAUUAUUGGAGAAGAUUCUCAGAGACAGGAUUUAUGAGCAUUUGGAGAAGUCAGCAUGGCUUAGUGAGGGGAAAGGUAUGUCUCACAAGCUUGAUUGAACUCUUUGAGGAUGUGACAAAGCAUACUGAUGAAGGUAGAGUAGUGGAUGUGGUGUAUAUGGAUUUUAAUAAGGUAUUUGAUAAUGCUCCCUGUGGUUGACUCAUUCAGCAAGUCAGGAGGCACAGGACCCUGGGAAGCUUGGCUGCGUGGAUUCAAAAUUGGCUUACCCAUAGGAGGAAGAGGGGGUUGUAUAUGGAGCAUAUUCUGUAUGUAGGUCAGUGACCCUUGGUGUUCUGGAACCCAUGGUCUCUAUGAUUUUUAUAAAUGACGGAUGAGGAAGUGGAAGGGUGGGUGAGAAAAUUUUAAGAUGAUGUGAAGGUUGGUGUUGUGGAUAGUGUAGAACAUCAUCAGGGGUUACAAUAGAUAUUGAUAGGAGGCAGAGGUGGGCUGAGAAGUGGCAAAUGGAGUUCAACCUGGAAAUGUGUGAAGUGAUUCACUUUGGAAGAUCAAACUUUUGAAGGCAGAAUACAUGGCUAAUGACAGGAUUCUUAACAGUGUGGUUGAACCUAGGGUUCUUGGGGUUCACAUGCUUAGAUUUCUGAAAGUUGCCAGACAAGCUGAUAGAGCAGUUAAGAAGGAUAUGCCUGCAUUGUUGGAGGAUUGGGUUCAAAAGACAUGAGGUAACGUUGCAGCUCUAUAAAACCCUGGUUGGACCACAUUUGGAAAAUUGUAUUCUGUUCUGGUUGCCUCAUAGGAAGGGUCUAGAAGCUUUAGUGAGGAUGCAGAGGAGAUUUACCAGCAUGCUUCCUGGAUAGAGAACAUGUCUUAUAAGAUAGGUUGAGCAAGCUGGGCUUUUCUCUUUGGAGCGGAGGAGGAGAGAAGUGACUUGAUAGAGCCAUACAAGGUGUGAUGAGAGACAUAUAGAGUGGAGAGCCAGAGACAUUUUUCCAGGUUGUAAAUGGCUAACACCAGGGGCAUAAUUUUAAGUUGAUUGGAGGAAUAUAUAGGAGACGUUAUUUAAUUUUUUUUUACUCAGAGUGAUGCUACGUACCGGCAGCAAAAGAUAUGAAAUUGAGUUGUGUUCUUAUAGAUAAACAACGAAAUUUAUUAACCUCUACUCAAUAGAAAAGUAAACAAACGACUAACUUAAACGGAAGUCAACAGUGUUAUGCGUCUAUAGCUAUCAAACAGUUGAACUUAGAGACAAUUCUUAACAGAUCUUACUCAAGCACAGUCUUAAAAUGGUAGUUUAAGAAGUCCAAGUGAUUCGUGAAAUAGUGAGAGGAGAGACUUCCCGAAGCCACAAUGAGGUGAUUCUUGAAGAAACGAAGAAACCGUUGAUACUGAUCCCAGCUGAGAAGUACCUUUUCUGAAAAGACUACGAAGAGUAUGAAACAUUUUUGGAUGUUAUGGUUUGUGAAAAGUAGCUACUCUAAUAGCUCCUGCAAAAUGAUACCAUCCGUUAAAAGACUGCUCACUUCAGGUACAGCGGUAAAUUACAGUCGAAGUGUGGCACCCAUAAUCAAAGCAGAGCCAACAAGAGGACUCGUGGACGAAUCAGUCAAGAUUGAGAUCACACAUUUGCUCCCAAAUGAGCAGAUUACGCUGCACUCAAAGCUUUUGUCUGAAGAUAAUGAUUGGUGGAUGUCCUACGCCCAUUAUGUCAGUGAUGUGGAAGGGAAUGUCCGAGUUAGCCAUGAUAAGUCAUGGGGAGGCAGUUACACUGGUCAAGAACAGAUGGGCUUCAUCUGGAGCAUGAAGCUUGCACCUGGCAGUCGUGAAGGAAUGAGGUUGCGAAAGAGGGAUGUGACCACCCCACUUUCAGUAACUGUUUCUGUACACAGUGGAUGGAUUUCUCAUAACUUUGACCAGGAAACAGUGCUGGCAUCGGUUGUAUUAGAACGCUUUUAUAUGGCCCCAGGCACCACCAGGUUACAGUUCAGAAAUGGUCGUGUUGUUGGAACACUCUUCUUGCCACCAGGACCUGGACCGUUUCCUGCAGUUCUGGACAUGUGGGGCGGUGGAGGAGGUCUUGUAGAAUAUCGAGCAGCUCUUUUUGCAUCCAGAGGAUUUGCAGCGCUUGCCUUGGCAUACAUAAGACAUGAGGACCUUCCACCAGCAAAAGAAGUCUUUGACCCAAGCCUUUCUUACUUUGAGGAGGCCUUCGUUGCCCUUGAGAGCCAUCCAAAGAUUGCAAAAGGGAGAGUUGCCCUUGUAGGGCUUUCACUUGGAUUUACAGUGGCACUCCUGAUGGCAGCAGAGCUCAGAAAUAUUCAUCCCAAAUGUUUAGUCUGUAUCAGUGGAAGUCAUUUUAAUCUGAUCAAGGAUGGAAAUUCAAUUCUGUUUCAAGAUGCGAAUGAUCAUGAAAGUAAAUUUAAGUUUGCGGAAGAUGGCGCUGUGAUAUGGAAAUACAUUCCUUUGCCAUUCACAGAUCCAGAGUCCAUGGUGAAGCUUGAUAAAAUCAGAUGCCCCUUAUUGAUUAUCUGUGGUGAUGAUGAUCAAAACUGGCCUGCAUUUGAAUCUGCUUUUGAGAUACAGAAUCUGAUGAAGGUGGCAGGAAAUGAUCAUUUGCUCACAACAGUCGUGUAUCCUCAGACUGGCCAUCUAAUUGAGCCUCCUUAUACCCCCCACUUCAGGUCGACCAGGUUUAAGCUGCAUUCCACAAACAAAAUAGUAAAGGUUUUAUGGGGAGGAUCAACAAAACCUCAUUCAGAUGCUCAGGAGGAUUCCUGGAAAAAGAUUCUUGCAUAUCUGGAAAACCAUCUUGUACUUGAACAUCCUGCUGUGAACCAGUCCAAACUGUGAAAGUUGAUUUUGUGUGAAAUUGCUAAUAGUUCCUUCAAAAGAAGCAACUUUGUUACUCUGUCUGUUGCGUACUUUUCAUUUAAUUCAUAAUUAAUCUGUUGAAAAAUUUGUACUUGGUUGCAUUAGAGUUGUAAGCAGAUAUACAUAGAAGGUCACCAUUUAUCCUGUGACAGUCAAUGCCCUAGCAGAGCUGCCCAUACAUAGAAACACAGAAAAUAGGUGCAGGAAUAGGCCAUUCGGCCCUUCGAGCCUGCACUGCCAUUCGGUACGAUCAUGGCUGAUCAUCCAACUCAGAACCCUGUACCUGCCUUCCCUCCAUACCCCCUGAUCCCCA